UUACGCAACUCCACAAGUAUUCUGAAUCCCCCUCCCUUUCACCUUCCUCGAUGCGUUCUCACUCCCACGGCCACCCAUAACCAAAACCGCCUCAUCAUAUCCUUCAAUGGCCCCAAAGAAAGACAAAGCCCCUCCUCCAUCAUCCAAGCCUGCAAAGUCUGGAGGUGGCAAGCAGAAGAAGAAGUGGGGCAAGGGAAAGCAGAAGGAGAAGGUGAACAACAUGGUGCUGUUCGACCAAGCUCCUUAUGACAAGCUUCUCGCCGAAGCUCCUAAAUACAAGCUCAUCACUCCCUCCAUUCUCUCUGAUCGUUUGAGGGUACUUUUACCAGCCUCUUAUGUUUAUCAUUUAUAUACGCAAAUCCUUCUGUUGUAUCAUGUUUUCCAUUACUCUUGCAUCAUUCAAUUCUGAUACUAUUGAAUUUUUCAUCUGGAUGUGGUUAUAUGAUUCAUUGCUGAUUAUGCCAGGGCUUAUAGUGUUGAAUCGGGGAUAUUUGGGUGUUAAUUAUUGAUGAUAGAUGAGCUUGAUUGAUGUUUUUUAUUUUCAGGGAUUUAUCCAGGUUUUUAAUUAUACCUUUGGGAUUGACUUUUGUUGUCUGAAUUAAUAUGACUCGAUAAUUCAUUCUUUCUAAUCAUCUGUUUCUCUAAUUAAGGUUUCCGGUAUACACUUCAUUCAUUGUGCUACGAAGUUAGGCAUCGUUUAUUACUCUGUUCUUUUCUUAUGUAUGGAUGCUUCUAAAUGCACGCAUGAAUUGUAUUACGUGAACCUGCAUUUGGCCAUGUAAGUCAAAUAUUGUUUUGUUUGCACCUCACUUGGAUUUGGAUAAAGGAAUGCUCAGGUAUUUAUCCAGGUCAGUUUUUUAUUAUAGCUAAUAGCUUGUAGUGUAGCUUAUAAAAGUUAAACUGUGCCUUAAUGGAAGCAAAAGGCAAUUGAAGUAUCAAUCUAAAAUACCUUUGGGGUGAACUCUUGUUGUUCGAUUAAUACGACUGUAAAGCAUUUGUUCUUUCUAAUUGACUGUUUCUUUAAUUACGCUUGUGCCAUUGUACUGUAGAGUUGGAUGUUGAUUGGUUGCUUGGGUUAUAAUUCUUUUUAUAUAUGUGUGCUCCUUGAUGUGU